AUGAGGGAUUCUGUCCUUCCACUUUCAGUAUCUUCAUUACAGCUUUACAACUUUGGGAGUAGCAGUGUCAGUGAAGCUCAGGUGAUGCCAAGUUUGGACAUCUCAAGCUUCUGCUGGGACUCCAUAGCUUUCAGCAAUUACCAAAUGGAGCCACCAUCAAUUGUUGCUCCAGCAGCAGGGUUCCACAUUGCUCCUCCUCAUCAUCAGCAAGAAUCCUUCAACGUUACGAGCUACGAUCUGCCAUUCGAUGCAGCAGCUUGGUAUGGAUCCUCCCAGUUCUGUGACACCACUUCGAGCCAGUCGAUGGUGGUGACCAACAAGCUUGAUUCUGCUGCAGAGAAUGAAAAUGGAUUGUACAGCAAACAAGGGAGGAAACGAUCAAUUGAAGUUAGCAGCAUAGCAACCAAGAACACUACUACAAAUACCAGGAAGAGGAAGAAGUCCAGUACUAGUACUACAUCUGCAGGGGCAUGGCAUCAACCGCAACAGAACGAUCAGUCGUCCAUCACAACGAUCCAAGAGCUCAAGCAAUUGCAGGUUCCAGCAAGGAGAAGCCAGAAGCUAAGUGACAAAAUCACAGCACUCCAGAAGUUAGUGUCUCCAUACGGCAAGACAGAUACAGCUUCUGUUCUCCAAGAGGCUUCCCUCUACAUCAAGCUCCUCCAGAAACAAAUCCAAAUAUUGAGUAAUAGGGCCUUAUUCGAGGCUUCUGGUGAUUUAAGCAACGAGGCAUGGACAACAACCAUUAAGGAACGUGAUGGAGAAUUGUCGGACUUGAGAGAUAGAGGGCUUUGCUUGGUGCCUUUGUCGACGAUGACACAGAAAUUUGCAGACCUGGGCCUUGUUAUGGAUCCAAGACCUUAUCAGGAGGGUGGAGCUGAAGUCUGA